AUGCCUCGCGAAACCUCUGAUAUCAAGCAGUUCAUCGAGAUUUGCAGACGCAAGGAUGCUUCCUCUGCACGCAUAAAGCGAAACAAGAAAAGCGCCCAGACUAAAUUCAAAGUUCGAUGCCAAAGACAUUUAUAUACUCUAGUCUUGAAAGACUCGGAAAAAGUUGAAAAAUUGAAACAAUCAUUACCACCUAAUCUCAUCAUCGCUGAUACACCAAAAAAAAACGCAAAGGGGAAGCGAAUAGCUUAA